UUGAGUCCACUGAUGAGCUGGUGAUACAUAUUGAAUAAUUUGUAUUUAUGAAGUAAUUAUUGAGUUAUUUUAAACGUUCAAUUACAGAAAGAUGAGUGAAAUUAUUAUUUGUGAAAGUUUAAAGUGUGUGAAAGUUUUGAUCGGCGGGAAUAAGAUAAAUUUGUUAGGUUAUGAUACAAACCAACAACUUUGUACUAGCUGGCGGAUGGCGCGAAAUGUAGGUACUACGUACGCGUCUUAAAACAUUAAAGCUAACGUCGGGGAAAAUCUGCGAAAGAGAUAGCGGAAUCCGGCUUAGCAACUGCUGGGGCCCUGGAGGAACGUUGGAAGAGGAUAGAUGGCAAGGAAGUGUUGGGGAAGAAGAAGGGACCAUCUUAUAAUGGCUAGGGAAUGUUCGCGAACCCUUAUAGGCGUCAAUGUGAAUUUGGCAACCAAAAGACACCGCAGCAGCGUGACGCGACGCGACGCGCCACUGUCACUCCACGGCACUGCGCUCGCGCCCCGGCCACACCCAAUCAGCGUGCAGGGGCGGGACACAGAACGAGACACCAUGAGGCCGCGCGGUCGCGACAGAGCGAGACAAAACACACGAGGGUUGGUCUCCAACCGGGCGGCGAUGGUGGCAACCAGCUCUGAGGCAGUCGAAUGUUAGCGGCGAGCCGUGCCGCAGUGCUGUAGUGCUGUGUGAUGUGAGUGAGUGAGCGUGGCGCGAUGUCGGACUCGGCCCGCCGCGGCGCCGCCUACACCAUAGACAGCAUCCUCGGACGCAACGACAACAGAAACGAUCGCGUGGAAUUAAAGAGCGAGACUGGCGGCCAUUCAGACUCGGAGCACGAACACGAACAUGAACACGAACACGAACAGGAGCACGAGGCGGAACAUGAACAUGCGGCGGGCGAACAUGGCGACCAUCUCGACGCGCUCGACGCCGCCAGACCGCGCAAGGUGCGCCGGAGCCGGACGACGUUCACCACGUACCAGCUGCACGAGCUGGAGCGCGCCUUCGACAAGACGCAGUACCCCGACGUGUUCACGCGCGAGGAGCUCGCGCUGCGCCUCGAGCUCAGCGAGGCCAGGGUGCAGGUGUGGUUCCAAAACCGUCGCGCGAAGUGGCGCAAGCGGGAGAAGGCGCUGGGCAGGGAGCACGCGCCGUUCAUGCACCACGAACACGUGGUGGGCGAGUGGGGUGGAGGCGGCGGCGGCGAGUGGUGGGCGCUCGGGCUCGGCGCGGGGCUCGUGCCGCACCCGCUGUGGCACGACGCAGAGCCCGCCGCCGCCUUCCGCGCGCUGCUGCACAGGUACGUGCUGGCGCUGCCGCCGCCGGUGCUGCGUCCGGCGGGCGCGGCGGGCGCGGGCGCGGGCGCGGGCGGGGUGCCGGGCGCGGAGGGCGGGGCGGUGUGCGCGGGCGCAUCGCCGCCGCGCGGCUCGUCGCCCGACGCGCUGCGGCUCGUGCACAACAAGGUGCACACGUAG